CAGAAAAUAAGAAAUUUACUCUUUUUUUUGUAGGAAAAAAAAAGCUAAGCAAGUAUAGGUUGAUCCAGAUUCAUUUCAUCACCAAACAAUUUCCUGGAAUAUUGUUAAUAAAAACUAUAUUUUUAGAUAAGAGAAUUCUAAAAAUUGCAAUUUUAUUUCUCAUCCAUUUAUUCAGGUAAUAAGGAGGGUUCAUAAACUCUAUUACAUAAGAGUAUGCUUUUCUAGUUAUAAAGCUUUGGACCAUGAAAUUCUACAAUUCCUCUGUUAAUUCAUUCCCCUCUGCAUAGGAAUCCUGCAAAUUUCAAGUAAUAAAACUAAUUAAGCAAAAGAUGCAUAAUUCUCAAUAAAAUCAAAUAAAAAAAGUACUAAUUAAUUAAUCAGUCAAUUAUAUUGACAAUUAGAGAGUACAAACAGCAAAAUUAAUUAGUAUACUAAUUAACAACAUCCUAACAUACUAAAUCGAAAAUCUUAAAUCCAAACUUUCAGUUGGAUCAAAGUAGACUUUUAAAACCCUAUUGGUCUUUUUUUGUUGAAAUGUAUGAGUAAGUACCUAUUGUACUCUUUUUUUUAAUAAAAUAUUUGGAUUCAUCAAAAAAAAAAAAAAAAUCAAAUUUUCAGUUCAUUUAUAUCAAAUUUAGGAACAAAGUCAGAAGGAGAAAUGGAUUACGUAUUGCAGUCGAUGUUGGGGUCGAUGGGCACCGGAGUUUUAACACUACACUUUGGAGCCAACUCCUUAGCUCUUUCUGGGUUGACCCCAAAGCUAGGGGCAGCACCCUUCAAACAAUUACAAAGGUCCCGACGAUCUUGGGUUGUAGAAGCUUCAUCAUUCAGUUUAGACACGCCUUCGCAGCAAAAAGCACUUGGGGAUGGCGAAACACCCGUUAAGAAGGGCACGCAAGGCGUCAAUGUGAUUAUGGCUUCCGGACAUGAUAUGGUAGCAUGCACGCAGCGGCUGCCCACCAUGGCCUAAAUGAUUCCGAGCCCAAGAAUCCAUAAAAACCAAGACCCACAAUCCAUCAUUUUUCUCUCCAUUUUUCUUCUCUCAGACUAUUGCUAUACGCUAGAAAUUACUAUCACAAGAGGUAUAGAAUUUGCUUCUGUGGAGCCAUUGGGUUUGCCUUGAAAACAAUUUAUAGGGAUUUCCAUUAAAGCUAGUCAAUGAUUCAUUAAUAUUUACAGCUGUAACCUUCCAUUUCUUGAUAUGUACAUACCAUAAUUUGAUAUGGUAACUUUAAUUGAAAAAUAUAAAGUGAAUGACUUCAA